UUGGCGAUCAUAAAAUUUCCUUCAGCAUUUUAUAGUUUUUUAGCCAUCAUCAUCGAUAAAAGAUGCCGGAGAACGUGCUAAAUGGUGAUCAUGUUGACGUAAAUCGUGAACCUCAAGAUAAUGAUGAAGAAACUAUUGAAAGCGAUGUCCAGUUUGAACCUAUAAUUUCAUUACCCUUGAUAGAGGUAUCCAACAAUGAAGAGGACGAGAUAGAAAUGUUGAAGCUACGGGCAAAGUUAUAUCGUUAUGAUACGUCAAGCAAUCCAGCAGAAUGGAAGGAACGUGGUACUGGAGAGGUUAAACUAUUACGACAUAAAACAAAAAAUACGGUUAGAGUAGUCAUGCGUAGAGAUAAAACUCUUAAGAUUUGUGCAAAUCAUUUUAUUACUCCAUGGAUGGAGUUGAAACCAAAUUGUGGCAGUGACAGAGCAUGGGUUUGGAGUGUACUUGCCGAUUAUGCUGACGAACAACUGAAGCCAGAAUUACUUGCGAUACGUUUUGCAAAUGCUGAAAAUGCAUCAAUGUGGAAGGAAGCGUUUGAAAAAGCUAAAAAGAUUGUAGGAUCCGAAUGUGAGAUUUAUGCUGGCAAAAGCAAUUUGGAACAAAAGCAUAUUGAAAGUGACAGUGAAUCCAGCAGUGAUGUAAGUUAUAGCGAAAGUACUGACAACGAAGAUCAAACAAAAUCAUUCAAGAGGACUGAAGACUGUGACGCAAUUUCUCAGCAAAAGGGUAUCAACAAUGAGACGACAGAAGACAAACAAGUAAUAAUAAAUGAAGAAAAAAUAAUCAAUGAAAUUGCAAAGUUAAAAGUGAAAAAUGAAGGUGAGAAGCAAUAA